CUAAAGUGUGGAACUACAACUCUGUAGUUUUUCGCAGCUACAGCUCUGUAGUAUAGAUCGAAAGGUCACUGAGUGCCUUCUUUUGGCACCGACUAAUGUGAUACAAUAAAAAGCACACCAGAAUGACGAGGACUAUGACACUUGCAUAGGAGAGAAGCAGAGCAGAUGACACUUGCGUAACAAAGAAGCAAAGCAGAACGCUGAUCGCACUCGUCACCGCAUGGAGUCGCCUACAGCGGCGUCUUUGCCGCUGAACCCGCUUGUUGAAUCAAGUUUGACUCGGGAACACACGGCCGGAUCUUUGUCCCCGCAGGGAUGGCGAGGCCCGCGGGGAAAUUUCGCCCCAGACGGCGCCGUAGAUCCAUUCCAGCGAAUCCCGCAGUGUUAAGGCUACCUCUAGUAAAGCGAAUACCCAUAGAUCCAUUCCAGCGAAUCCCUCUAAGGCUACCUCUAGUAAAGCGAAUACCCGUAGAUCCAUUCCAGCGAAUACCUCUAGUAAAGCUUUUCCGGAAGUAGGACAUCUUGAUCCUUGGCUUCUUUUCCAAGGAAACUGGCGACGUGGUAGCUCUAACAGUAUGAGGAAACCUUGUUCACCACUUGUGCUGGCCUCAUUAAUCUGGACACGGGAGCCCCCGAUGUCGAACUCUUACGCGACGCAACACAGCUGAUGGGCCUCGCGGCGGCGGAGCUGGUGGCCGAUUCUGCGACCUUCUAUGGAACAAGUACGCAGUCUCAGACGACAGGUAGUCCCAGCAGCAUUACCAGCAACCUUGCGAGCAACAACAUAAAAAAAGGACCCGCGACGGCGUUGCAGUACGGACCUACGCAGGGAACCUUGUCCUAUCGUUGCGAGCUAGCUGCAUUCUUGAAUGAGCAGUACGGGGUAGCGCCAGGGAAUAGAAGCACGGGGACACAGGAAGUAGAAGAUGCCCUAGUCGACCACCAUCAACUGCAUUCCAGAGUGAACGAAUCCGAGCUUUUCCAAACCAACGGUGCCACAGGGGG